AUGGGUCCUCGAACCCCUCCACAACCCUCGUCGCAGCCCCAACACCUGGCCACCACUACCCUCAAAGUCGAGGGCAUGACAUGCGGCGCCUGCACAUCCGCUGUCGAGUCCGCUUUCACCCAUGUCGGUGGUGUUGGCAGCGUCUCUGUCAGUCUGGUCAUGGAGCGCGCUGUUGUCAUGCAUGAUGCUUCCGUAAUUUCUGCCGACCAAGUUCGCGAACUUAUCGACGAUCGAGGCUUCGACGCUACCGUCCUGAACACCGAUUUGCCCGCCUCAUCACUGGACGAUAUCGUUGAAGAAGAGUCGGAUCAAGACAUGAUGGGCCUCGGCAUCACAUCCGCCUCUUCUGCCCUGAUGACCACCACUCUCAGUGUAGGCGGUAUGACAUGCGGCGCAUGCACUUCUGCUGUCGAGGGCGCUUUCAAAAAUCUUGCUGGAAUCAAGAGCUUCAACAUUUCUCUGCUGUCCGAAAGAGCCGUCGUUGAGCACGAUUCCAAACUCAUCACUGCCGACACCAUCGCCGAGACCAUCGAGGACACCGGCUUUGAUGCCUCGAUCGUCGAAUCAAAGCCUUCGGACCCUCCACGAACAAAAAUGCUCUCUUCGGCCAGGAGACAGAGCAGGAAGAACGAUGUCUUGUUCACCACCAUCAUCGCAAUCGAAGGCAUGACAUGUGGUGCGUGUACUUCUGCGGUGACAAGCGGAUUCAACGACGUUCCUGGCCUUCUGAAAUUCGAUAUCAGUCUGCUCGCCGAGAGAGCCGUUGUUUUGCACGAUCUUACCAAACUCUCUCCGGAAAAGAUUGUUGAGAUUAUUGAAGACUGUGGAUUUGACGCAAAGGUCCUGACUUCGCGGGAAGAAGGGGCUUCUCGUUCUAGAAGAGGGAGUAGCACUGUUGAACUGAGGCUGUUUGGUCUCCAGAACGCCGAAGCAGCUUCUGCUCUUGAAUCUACACUCAAGAAGCGCAAGGGAAGCACGGCGGUCAAAGUUGACUUCAAAACUGGUAGGGCUUCAGUCGCUUAUGAUCCUACGCAGACUGGACUCCGUGCAAUUGUCGAAUCGAUCGAGAACGAAGGUCUCAAUGCUUUGACCGCUGAGAAUGACGAUAAUAAUGCCCAACUGGAGUCGCUCGCCAAAACCAAAGAGAUUCAGGAAUGGUCAAGGUCAUUGAAAGUGUCGCUUUGUUUCGCCAUCCCAGUCUUCCUUACUAGCAUGAUCUUUCCCAUGUUCAUCAAGCCUCUGGAUUAUGGAAGCAUCAAACUUCCCUUGAUUCCUGGACUGUGGCUCGGAGAUGUUGUCUGUCUGCUUCUCACCAUACCCGUCCAAUUUGGCAUUGGUUGGCGGUUCUAUCGAUCUGCCUACAAAUCUCUCAAACAUGGCUCGCCCACUAUGGACGUCCUCGUUGUGCUAGGAACAUCGGCCGCGUUCUUUUUCAGUUGCGCCGCUAUGCUGGUCUCGAUCUUCACAUCACCUCACUCAAGACCAGCAACAACAUUCGACACGAGCACUAUGCUUAUCACCUUUAUCAUGCUCGGUCGUUUCCUCGAGAACAGAGCCAAGGGCCAGACUUCGGCCGCUUUGUCUCGUUUGAUGAGUCUGGCACCAUCAACCGCUCUCAUUUACACAGACCCUAUCGCAGCGCAAAAGGCCGCCGACGAAUGGGAUGAUGACAAUGAGAAACCUGAGAAAAACUCGCCAAGGGGAGCGCUUGAGGAGAAGACCGUUCCAACAGAACUGCUCGAAGUUGGCGAUGUGGUCAUUCUCAAGCCUGGUGACAAGGUCCCAGCCGAUGGCACUGUCAUCCGUGGUGAUAGCUACGUGAACGAGAGUAUGGUCACAGGAGAGGCAAUGCCGAUCUUGAAGACCAAGGGAAAGAAUCUCAUGGCGGGUACUGUCAACGGCGCAGGAAGACUUGACUUCCAGGUCACGAGAGCUGGUCGUGACACGCAACUCAGUCAGAUCGUCAGACUUGUUCAGGAGGCCCAGACCAGCCGGGCUCCUAUCCAACGUAUGGCGGAUGUGGUUGCUGGCUACUUUGUCCCUAUCAUCAUCACACUCGGACUGGCUACCUUCACGGCGUGGAUGAUCUUGAGCCAUGUCCUGCAGACACCGCCUACUAUCUUCACUAAGGAUACCAGUGGCGGGCCACUGAUGGUCUGCGUCAAGCUUUGUAUCGCCGUGAUUGUCUUUGCCUGCCCCUGUGCGCUCGGUCUUGCAACUCCCACAGCUGUCAUGGUCGGUACAGGAGUCGGCGCUGAGCAAGGUAUUCUCAUCAAAGGCGGAGCUACUUUGGAGACGGCCACGAAGGUCACUCACAUUGUCCUCGACAAGACCGGCACCUUGACCAUGGGCAAGAUGAGUGUAUCACGAUCCGAUGUGCAGGGUGGCUGGACCGCCGAUGCAGCUAAGCUUCGUCUCUGGUGGACCAUAAUCGGGCUCGCCGAGAUGGGCAGCGAGCAUCCUAUUGCACGUGCCAUCACAAGUGCAGCGAAAUCACACCUUGGUCUUGGGUCAGACGGCACCCUUGAUGGCAGUGUAGGUCAUUUUGUCUCUACAGUUGGCAAGGGUAUCUCAGCUUCUGUGGAAGCAGCCAUCUCCCCCGAACGCAAGCGCUACAAUGUCAUGAUCGGUAACACCUCAUACCUGCGCUCUCGUGGCGUGGCAGUCCCAGAUGACGCCGACGACACCAAUGACUACGAGGCUAGCAAGGACGCAAACGCGGCCUCUGAGCAGCAAUCCGCAGGAGUCACAACGAUCCACACCUCGAUCGAUGGUCUCUACACCGGCCCUCUGUCUCUAUCCGACACCCUCAAGCCUUCAGCUCCCGCGGCAAUCUCUGCUCUGCAACGCAUGGGUGUCACUUGCUCGAUCGUCACUGGCGACCAGGCAAGCACAGCACACUACGUGGCCAAACUCCUCAACAUCCCCAAGCACAAUGUCCACGCUGGAGUACUUCCCAGCGGCAAGCGCGAGAUUGUAGAAGAGCUUCAAGCACAAGGCAUUAUUGUAGCCAUGGUAGGGGACGGCGUCAACGACUCCCCUGCGCUUGCGACCGCGAACGUUGGCAUCUCGCUCGCCUCGGGCACAGACGUCGCCAUCGAGGCCGCAGAUGUCGUUCUCAUGCGUCCUGACCAUCUGCUCGACAUUGCAUCCGCUCUUGCCUUGUCCCGCGCCAUCUUCCGACGCAUCAAGUUGAACCUAAUCUGGGCGUGUCUUUACAACGCCAUCGGCUUGCCCAUCGCGAUGGGCUUCUUCUUACCUUGGGGUCUUUCUCUGCCGCCCAUGGCCGCUGGAGCCGCAAUGGCAUGUUCGAGCGUCACGGUUGUAGUGUCGAGUCUUCUGUUGAAACGAUGGCAGCCACCGAGAUACAUUCGAGAGGCUGCUGCCAGGGAAGUCGGUGAGAGCGAGUUGUUUGCAGAUGUCGACACUGCGGUUCAGAGCCGGGGUGUGAGUGACUGGGCGCAAGGGCUUGUGGGAUUGAUCAGAAGCAAGAGAGGAGAUGGCAAUACUGAUAGAGGUGCUUACGUGCCCUUGCAGAGGUUUGAAGAAGUUUAG